CGACGUCACAUCCUUCCCGUGAUGCUUAGCGAACACAAAUUGAACGCUCGGCAAAAGAAAACAUUUGUAUUUUGUAUGCCGUUUUUGAGAUUAAAACUGUAUAAAACAAAAAACAUUUCAUCUGGAAUUGACACUGCUGGGAAACAGCAAUUCAUCGGCUCGUAACGGGUAGAGUUUAUCAGGGCACGGCAUCAUGGAUCAGGACUAUGAGUGCAGGCUGCUCAGGCAGAUAAACAUCCAAAAUGAGAAUGCAAGCCCAAUAAAAUCUUUAGGAGUGGUGCGAGCUCUGACACCCACCAGCUCCCCCUUGUCCUCCCCUAGCAAGCAUGGCGAUCGUUUCAUUCCCUCCCGGGCCGGAGCCAACUGGAGUGUCAACUUCCACCGCAUCAAUGAAAUUGAAAAGUCGCACAAUCAAAACAGGAAAACCAAAGAUGGCACAACAGACAGCAACAAAGCGGACGGUCUGGCUUACUCAGCUCUGCUGAAGAACGAGCUGCUGGGGGCAGGCAUCGAAAAAGUCCAGGACCCCCAGUCUGAAGACCGCCGCCUGCAGCCAUCUACACCAGCCAAGAGGAGCCUUUUUAGUUAUUCUGUAAGUACUAAGAGGGCUCUUCCUGAAGAGGAUGGAAACACAGUCUCUCCUUAUUCUCUAUCACCUGUCAGUAGCAACAGCCAGAAACUGCUACGGUCGCCAAGGAAACCAACACGCAAAAUUUCCAAAAUUCCAUUCAAAGUUCUGGACGCUCCAGAGCUUCAGGACGAUUUCUACCUCAACCUAGUCGACUGGUCCUCUCUGAAUGUGCUCAGUGUUGGACUGGGUACCUGCGUAUACCUGUGGAGUGCCUGCACCAGCCAGGUGACCCGUCUAUGUGACCUUUCUGUAGAAGGAGAUUCUGUAACAUCAGUGGGCUGGUCAGAGCGGGGUAACCUGGUGGCGGUGGGAACUCAUAAAGGAUAUGUACAGAUUUGGGAUGCAGCAGCAGGGAAGAAGCUCUCUGUACUAGAAGGACAUACAGCCAGAGUGGGUGCAUUGGCAUGGAAUGCGGAUCAGCUGUCGUCUGGGAGCCGCGAUAGGGUGAUCCUGCAGAGGGACAUCAGAGCCCCGCCUCUCCAGUCAGAGCGUCGUCUGCAAGGACACAGACAGGAAGUCUGUGGUCUUAAGUGGAGCACAGACCACCAGCUACUAGCGUCAGGUGGAAAUGACAACAAAUUGCUUGUGUGGAACCACUCGAGCGUCCUCCCGGUGCAGCAGUACACAGAGCACUUGGCCGCGGUGAAGGCCAUCGCCUGGUCUCCCCACCAGCACGGCCUGCUGGCCUCCGGAGGUGGCACCGCCGACCGCUGCAUCCGCUUUUGGAACACUCUGACAGGCCAACCGCUGCAGUGCACCGACACUGGCUCUCAGGUGUGCAACCUGGCCUGGUCCAAGCACACCAACGAACUGGUCAGCACACAUGGGUAUUCCCAGAACCAGAUCCUGGUGUGGAAGUAUCCCUCCCUCACUCAAGUAGCCAAACUUACGGGACAUUCCUACAGAGUACUUUACCUGGCCAUGUCCCCUGACGGAGAGGCCAUUGUGACGGGGGCAGGAGAUGAAACACUUCGCUUCUGGAACGUCUUUAGCAAGAUGAGAUCCACUAAGGAGUCGGUGUCAGUGUUGAACCUCUUCACCAGGAUCCGGUAGUCGGCACACCUCUGUACUACGAGGGGAAUAAAGACUGGAAGGGAAUUUAUUGUGUCAAGUCCGCGCUCUACAUGAUGAGCCCCUUCUUUUGAGUAUUCGCCUCAGUAGUCGACAGAGGGCCCACUCGAUUGGCCUUAGUUUAAUUAGCGAAGUUGUAGCUGGAGGUGGGAGGAGCCGGUGACGUGCACAGCCUGAGUGUCGAGGGCAGAGGUGAUACAUACAAAAAGUAUUCCACUUCCUCCUGGAUGACGGAGCCGCUGCCUCCAACAGACCCGUGAUCUCUGAUGAUGAUGAGGAGAACUUUAGGGAGUUUGUCUCCCUACGUGAUUAUGUUUUGUUUACAGACUGAGUGUGUGCAUACCUGCCAAAUAUUGAGUUUGUCCUUUUUGAUUGUCUAUUUAUUUUCUUUUCUUUCUUCUUCUUCUUUUUUUUUUUUUUUUUUUACAUAUUUUAACAUAUAUUAUUACUAGUGUGUUUGUUUUGAAGGCUGGUAGGUUUUCUUUUAUGUGUGUAAUUGCAGUUUUUGGUCUGAUCUGUGGAGUAUGUCUGACUUUUUCCCUUCAAGGGUUAAGGUUUGCAGAAAAAUGAAAACUUGUCAUUUUGUAUUUUACUGAGCGGCAAUAACCUUACAUGUUCACGCUGUACAUACUGUAAUCCUGCGCUGAUCUGAGAAUUGCUAAUGGUUAAAAAGGACUGGAAAAAACAGGCCAGAUCUCCUUUUUUUUUUUUUUUUUUUUUUUUUUUUUUUUUUUAAAGCUGACGUUAAGUUCAUUUUAGUCUAAUGAUAUGAUAUAAAGCAAUGUUGGUAAACAUUGUUUCAUAAUCGCUCAAGAAAAAAACAACCAACAGCAUGCGGCACAUCUUAGAAGAAAAAAAAAAUUCUAAAUAUAAUUCACAUGAAAAAUGCUGUGUAGCCGCCACAUUUUGCUUUUUGUGUGACUUGUGUGGAAGCUUUUCUCUCAUCUUGUUUCCUUAAAUUCUUAAUAAGAAAAAUCAGGCAAAAGGAAAAUUAAAAGAAAAACUCGUUGGCUUAUCAGUGCAGUCUGUAACAGCAACUGAAGCACACAGUAAAAACAUUUGGGAUUCAGUCAGACAGUGAAAUGCUGCUCUGUGCUGCGUCUGCUAAGAUAUUCAAGCCGAGGGCACUUGUCUUUUGCUACUUCAGAUCAUUUCUGUCUUUUGAGGUGUGAUGCUGUUUUUUGUAAGAAACUUUCAUAUCAUCUGCAACCUUCUCCCCCUUCCAUCCCAUAAUUUUUAUUUCCUUAAUUCCCACUUUGAAUGUUGAGCCAACUAGUGUGCCACAUUUAAAUGAACACUAUUUAUUUGUGUUGUGUAGAAAGGUUGUUGUACAGCGAUGGCAUGUUUGUUGACUAAUGUUAUCUGAGGGACGCUGAGGAGCAGUUUAAUGCCACUUGAAAAUCAAGACGAUGCUGCCAACUUGAAUUACAGAAAGAAUGUUAAAAAAAUAUUAAUAUUUCUGUACUGAGAGAUAAUCAACAAUUAAAUGAUCAUAUCUUGUA